GAGUUUGAACACAUUGGCCAUUGCUUCACUCCUUUGGCUCUUUGCAGACCUCAAAACCCUCUCCUCCCUCUCGUUCUCUCUCUAAAACACACUUUCUCUCUCUAAAGCUUCCUCCUCUCCGAUGGAAGACGACGACGAAUUCGGAGAUCUCUACACAGACGUUCUUCGACCCUUUGAAUCGUCCCAACCAUCAUCAUCAUCUGCGCCGCAGCCCCACCGAUCCUCCGCCGCACCCCAAUCUUUCCACCGUCCGAUCGAUGUCAACGUCCCCGACGAAGAGGACGAGAUCCUUUUCGCAGCUCCUCACUCUAAUCCCUCUGUUUCUCACCCGUCCAAUUCCCAAACCCUAGCUCCCGCCGCCUCUGUUCCCACCAAUUCGGCUAGAGAUGCCGCUCCGGCUGGCGGGUCUAGGGUUUUGGAGGCUAAAGAUGUCGAAUUGCCGAAAGUCAAUUCCGUGGAUUUGAAUAUUGGUGGUAAAGAUUUGGAUUUGAUGGACAAGGAUGUGAAUUUCGACAUCGAGGAGGCUAACAAUGGAGCUGAUGCUAUGGGUUUGGACCCGGUGAUUCCCGGGCUAUCAGAUACCUUUACGGUCACUGGUGCUGCGGUGAAUAUCGGCAACCCAGAAGGUUCAAGAAGAGAUGGUGAGAGAGGCGAAGAUGAUUGGGACAGCGACGAUAGCGACGACGAUUUGCAGAUAGUGUUGAAUGAUAACAACCACGGGCCUAGCUAUGGAGAGAGGUGGAAUGGGGAAGAUGAAGAUGACGAUGACGGGCUCGUUAUUGUGGCUGAUGGUGAACCGAACCAGCCAAUGGACGACCAAGAGUGGGGUGAAGAGAGCACGCAGACAGUGGAAGGCGAGAGGAAGGAGAUGGGUGAAGCCGGGAAGACUGGUGCCGGCAGCGUGGUUGUGCCCCCAAAAGUUGGGUAUAGCAGUCAUGGGUAUCAUCCAUUUCAUUCUCAGUUUAAGUACGUAAGACCUGGUGCUGUGCCAAUGCCUGGGCCAACUACUUCUGGCCCUGGAGGAGUCCCAGGUCAAGUUCGUCCACUUUUAAACAUGGGUCCUGUACCUGGCCGAGGUAGAGGUGACUGGAGACCAACAGGAAUGAGGGAUGGCACUCCUCUGCAGAAGAACUUUCAUUCAGGCUUUGGUACGCCUGGCUGGGGCAACAAUACGGGAGGUCGUGGUUUCGGUGGUGGACUGGAGUUCACACUUCCUUCACACAAGACCAUAUUUGAUGUCGACAUUGAUGGUUUUGAGGAAAAACCUUGGAAAUAUCCUGGUGUUGAUACAUCGGACUUUUUCAACUUUGGCUUAAAUGAAGAUAGCUGGAAAGAUUAUUGCAAACAGCUGGAACUGCUUCGCUUGGAGUCCACCAUGCAAAGCAAAAUUCGUGUUUACGAAAGUGGACGAACAGAACAGGAGUAUGAUCCAGAUCUGCCCCCAGAGCUUGCAGCGGCAACUGGUAUUCACGAACUUCCUCCUGAAAAUGCAAACCCUGGGAAGUCAGAUGUUGUCCAAAGUGAUUUAGUAAAAGGAACUGCUCGUCUGCGUCCUCCUAUUCCAACUGGAAGAGCAAUUCAGGUGGAAGGUGGUUUUGGUGAGCGUCUCCCCUCGAUUGAUACCCGACCACCUCGGGUUCGUGAUUCAGAUGCGAUCAUUGAGAUUGUCUUGCAGGACUCUUUAGAUGAUGCUUCCUCUGCAGGAAAUGGUAUCCCAGACGGAGCUGAAAAUGAUCACCCAAGAGAGGGUUUUGGUAGAGGUGAAGGACACCUUGCACAGGUUGAGAGUGAGUACUUUGAUGGUUUGCCCCAGGCUUAUAACGAUAGAAAGAGGGAGUUGGUAGGAAGAAAAAUGCCUUUCCACGAUGACAUACCAGAAGAAAAAGGAAACCUGCCCUUCCCUCCUGAUGUUCCAGUCCCAUAUACUGGUUCUGGGGGUGAGACGCCUAGUUAUCAGGAAAGGAAAACACAACUAAGAGCACGUGAUGGAUCUCCUCAUGUGGCUCCUAGUCAAAAUACAAGAGACAAGAAUUACCUUGAAAAUCAGAAGGAAGAAUCAAUUGAAAGUGUGGAUGGUAAACGCAGUCCAGGGACAUCAUCACCUGUCACAAAUAGGGCUGCACGCGAGUCAAGUGCUGAGUAUAGAGAUAGUGACCAGGAUGAGCCUGUGCUGGCUGAUGGAAGCUCUGAAAUGGGAAAGGAGGAAACGGCUACGGUUGCUGAAAAUGAUGCCCUGCAAGAUGAGCCUCCGAAGCAUAAAAAAUUAGUUUCAAGAGUCGAACAUUCUGCUGACGAAGAGCUUGAUGAUGGAGAGGACUUGAAGGCUGCAAGAAGUAGUGACAACAGCAAAGCAAGAUCAGGAAGCAGCAGGGAUUAUCAGAAGUGGAGGGAUGGGGUCGAAGAGGAAGUCAUUCAAGGACGUUCAAUGCAUAUGGGGGGCAUCAAGAGGCAUCUUGAUGAGAAUGAACAGGGGUUCCAGAGGAAAAACCGUGAUGGUAGACAGGAACCAGAUAGAAGUCACGUGGUAGUAAAAGGGAGGGAAGGCUCUUACCCUUAUAGGGACUGGGAUCCUAGCUCUGCACAUCAGUUGCAAUUGAAAAAUGAUGGCCUUCAUAGGCGAAAGGAGAGGGAGAAUCUUGAUGGAGCAUGGCAACAGAGAGAAGAUGAUCCUUAUAGCAGAAGGAUCAGGCCUGAAGAAACAAGGAAGAGAGAACAUGGUGAUGAAAUGGGAUCCAGGCACAGGAGUAAGGGUCGAGAAAGUGACAGGAGUGACAAAGAUGAACAUCUGCAGUCAAGAAAACAGUUGGACAAUGGCAGCUAUAGGGCUUAUCAUGAUAAGGAUGUUGGUUCACGACUCAGGGAAAGAGAGGGUAGUUUGAAGGGCAGGUAUGAACACGUGGAAGAUUACCAUGGCAAGAGAAGGAAAGAUGAGGAAUAUAUAAAGAGAGACCAUAUAGAUAAAGAAGAUUUUUUGCAUGGCCACAGAGAUAAUACCACUCGCCGAAAGCGUGAAAGGGAUGAAAUUCUGGAUCCACGUAAGAGAGACGAGCAGCAGAGAGUUAGAGAAAAUGUUGAUGAUCUGCACUCUGUUAGGCACAAAGAUGACAGCUGGUCGCAAAGGGAGAGAGGUGACAGGCAAAGAGAGAGGGAGGAGUGGCCUAGGGUCAAACAAUCCCAUGAGGAAAAUAUACCCAAGCGCGAAAGAGAUGAAGGACGAGUUGCUAUAAGGGGUGGCCGUGGUGCAGAAGAUAAAGCAUGGGUUGGCCAUACUAGGGCAAAGGAGGAGAACAAAGGCUCUGAUAAGGAGCACCAAUAUAAAGAGACUGUGCGGCACAGUGAACCAUCUAAAAGGAGAGAUAGGGUUGAGGAAGAAAGCUCGCAUCAUAAGGGACGUGACGAUGUUCAUGGACGUGGAAAUCAAAUAACUAAUGAUCAGAAAAGAUCUGGAAAGGAGAGAUCAAGUACUCGUAAUGAGCGUGCUGACAGCCAAAAGGUCCAUGACAGAAAACAUAAAGAAAGUUCAAGGAAGACUAAAGAAUCUGUGAUUGCUAAUAACAGCAUCACUUCCAAGAGACGUCAAGAAGAUCAAAGUGGUCAGAAUAAGGAGAUGGGCUUGAAAGGCACCCAUGUGCAAGGAACCGGUGAGGAAAUCCCACAGCAGCGUCACUCUUCCAAAAGGCAUAAAGAAGAUGCGUCCUCUGAUGAUGAACAACAGGAUUCCAAAAAAGGGCGCUCCAAAUUAGAACGCUGGACAAGCCAUAAGGAGAGGGAUUUCGGUAUCAGCAAUAAAUCAUCAUUGAAGCUCAAAGAGCUUGAUAGGAUCAACAACAGAGGAUCCUCAGAUAACAGUAGAGUUCCAGAGGAAUCUUCCAAGCCAGUUGAGGCUGUUGAUAAUCAACAAUCAAUGGCCGAGGAGAAGGAUGCCAGUGAUCAGGAUAUCAAGGACUCAGACACAAAACCACUCGAUGCUGAUGCAAAACCAUUGGAGGAGCGACACCUGGACACAGUCGAGAAGUUGAAGAAAAGAAGUGAGCGUUUCAAGCUUCCGAUGCCAAGUGAAAAAGAACCAGUGGCAAUAAAAAAGGUGGAGAAUGAUGUGCCACCUUCCACCAAUAGCGAGACUCAAACUCAGACUCAGACUCCUGUGGAGUCGGAGAUCAAACCAGAACGGCCAGCUAGGAAAAGAAGGUGGAUCAGUAACUGAAUCUGCAAAUACGGAACUUAAGGUUAGCUGGCUGAAUCACUGUCGUUUGGGAGAAGUUACGCUUGGCCUAAUUAUUAAAUUCAAACAUCCCGGCGGUGCAAUCAUUGAACUUGUUUUUGCAAUCGUAGAAGCCUGUGUACCUCUGCUCUGCAGCAAUUAUCAUCUUGUAACCAUGCUGCCGCAGCAUACUUACAAUGCGUUUGUUUGUACAUACUGUUGAUUGUAACAUUGAACUGGCCACUGAUGGUGGCACAGGAUUGCUUUAGCAACUAUUUCUAAUUUUGAUGCUCAGGUUUUUAUGUGGCAUGCUCCGAGGGUCAUCUACCGGACCUGGCAAAUGCUGUGUACGGGAUAUGUGAAGAAUCCAACUGCCAUCGGAAGCACGCCUCACAGGUUGAGCUUCACAGAUGAAUAUAACGAGAUUGAAGAACCGAUGCGAAGAGGCGGAUUUCCAUUGGUUGGAGAUGUUAGAACUUACUAUCUGUAUACUGUAACUUGAUUAGCAUAUCUUGAUCGAAGUUUUUCACCCUUUUACGCCUUUCUUUUAGCUUUAAAGAUAAGAAAAAUGGUGGUGAGAUCGAUAGUACACACAACAUUUGAAGCCUAUUUGUAUUUUUGGAACAGGUGAGUUUAAGAAACAUCGGAUUACUAGAAAGUUAAUGUAACAACACACAAAUUGAAUAGUUAUCUGUUUUGUUAGUUA